AUGCAGCUGCUAAGGUUGGGAUUCUUCCUGGACACGCGCAAGGCCCUGGUUGUGAAGGGCCAGGCCCCGAUGGCAGCCAUCGUGGGCUGCUCGGACUCCCGCGCCCCUGUGGAGACGAUCUUCGAUGCCGGCCCGGGAGACCUGUUCAUCCUCCGCAACGCGGGCAACACCUGUACUCAUGCAGAAGGCAGCAUUGUGGGCAGCCUCGAGUUCUGCGUCGGCAAGCUGGGAUCGCGGUUGGUCGUCGUCAUGGGCCACACGAACUGUGGAGCCUUGGCUGGGGCUGCAGGAACUUACCUGGGCUCGAAGGGGUCCGAAGAGACCCAGACGACGAGCACUGCCCUGGAAGGCUUGCUCCAGGGCCUCACGUCGGUGGCGUCCCAGGCCGCGGAGGAGAUGGGCGGGAAGCCUACCGCCGCUGAGCUGGCGUCCUAUGCCGUCAAGACCAACGUCUUCGCCACCAUCAACUUUUUGCUGAAGUUCAGUGAGCCCAUUCGAGAGUUGGUUCGCAGUGGCGCGCUGGAGAUUCAAGGUGCCGUGUACAAGCUGGAGACUGGCGAGGUGGAAUUCCUCGGCCGCUCCCCGAAGCAGGCCGAGCUGCUGUCUUCGAAGAUGUUCCUUCCGCCUUCCAUGGCCGGCACCUCGGAUGCGGCGGUGCUCUUGGGCGCCCAUGGCGUGCGCACGCCGGAGGACCCGCCGAUGAAGCCGAAGGAAGCCCUGCGACUGCUGAAAGAAGGCAACGAGCGCUUCGCCGUGGGGGCACCCAUUGCGGGGAAGGUCGAUGCCCAGAUGCGUAAGGCGCUCGCCACCGUCGGCCAGGCCCCUCACACGGCUGUUCUGGGAUGCGCCGACUCUCGUGUGCCUUUGGAGCUGGUUUUUGACACUCUGCCCGGUGACCUCUUCGUGCUCCGCAAUGCCGGUAACACCGUCGUCCACUCGGAGGGAAGCGUUCUCGGAAGCCUGGAGUUCUGCGUCGGCGCUCUGAAGUCCCAGCUCAUUGUGGUCCUGGGACACACGGCCUGCGGCGCCAUGAAGGGCGCCGUGAAGGACUACCUCGCCAACAAGGGAACCACUCGAGUAGAGGAAACCAGAAAGUCUAUCUGGGUAGUUCUCUGGUAG